AUGACAUUGAGUGUUGUUGAAGCAAGUCCAUUAAGAUGUAUUGAAGAAUUUAAUUCUAAUUUACAAGAUAAAAACAAUGGUUUAAUCAAACUGAAGGUAGCGGAAGCUGUUUGUAUUGGUGGGAAUGAUGAUGAUGAUACCAAUGCCAAAAAAUGUAACUCAGCGGUUGGCAAGGCGUUAAUUGACCACGUUAAUCAAAUCGAUCAUGAUGAAUGUGAUGCCGGUGAUGAAGAUUCUUUUUUUGUUUGUGAUUUGAACCAAGUUGUCAAGUCAGUUAAAACAUGGCGUAAAUAUUUACCUAGGAUCCAGCCCCAUUAUGCAAUCAAAUGCAACACUAACGCUGAAGUCAUCAAGUUGUUGCAUCAGUCGGGAGUUAAUUAUGAUUGUGCUUCAAAAAAUGAAAUUGAUACUGUUUUGAAAUUGGGCAUCGAUGCUGAAAAAAUCGUUUAUGCUAACCCAUGCAAAACCAACUCCUUUAUUAGACAUGCAAAGGCAAACAACGUGAACUUGACUACCGUUGACAAUGCUCAUGAAUUGCAUAAAUUGGCGAGGUUUCACCCUGAUUGUAAAAUUUUGGUGAGAAUCUUGACUGACGAUGAAGGUGCUCAGUGUAGAUUGAGUACUAAAUUUGGAUGCAGCGUGGCUACUGCUGUUGAGUCUAUUUUACCCUUGGCUCAAAGAUUAGGCUUACCUGUUGUUGGUGUUGCAUUUCAUGUUGGAUCUGGAGCUAAAGACUUUGAUUCCAUUUAUAAAGCUAUCCGUGAUUCAAGAAUUGUUUUCAAUUGUGGACUUGAUAUGGGAUUUGAAAUGAACAUGGUUGAUAUAGGUGGUGGGUUUGAAUUUGAAACUUUUGUUGAAUCAUCCAAUAUGGUUAAUGUUUCAAUUGACGAGUUUUUCCCACAAGAUUUCGUUGAUAGGCACAAGAUCAAAUUUAUUGCUGAACCAGGUAGAUUUAUGGUUGCUAAUGCAUUCACAUUGGCAGCCCACGUUAUUGCAAAACGUGAAUUACCACAUGGCGAAGUUGGUAACGAACAUGAUCAAAUCAAGGCAAUGUUGUACAUCAACGAUGGUGUUUAUGGAAACAUGAACUGUAUCUUGUUUGAUCAUCAACAACCAACAGCCCAUGUUUUAAAGAGUGGAUCGCAUUUUUAUUACAAUUACAUGGAGAGAGGAUUGAAUAAUGGUAAUGACGACAAGGACAAAUGUUUGUUCCAUUACUCAAUUUGGGGACCGACAUGUGAUGGAUUGGAUUGUGUUUCAACCAAGAGCCAAUUGCAUUGUGAAGUUGAAGUUGGUGAUUGGUUGUAUUUCCCAAAUUUAGGCGCAUAUACUAGUGCUGCAGCUACACAAUUCAAUGGAUUUGAAAAUGACACCAAGAUUAUCUAUAUUCCAAUUGCGUAG